AUGUCUGUUUUAAUGUAUGAAAAAGUUUGGCUGGACAAAAAUGUGUAUAAUGAGGCAGAGAAAAAUUACUAUGAAUCACUUAACAAGAGUCAAAUAAAUCCACUUGUGGUGGUGGGAUCAUCUCUGGCUAGUGAGGUUGCAAAAGCAAGACAACACAUUAAAAAUUCACUAGAAUGCAUGGAUAGUGUUGCAUCUUUAACUGGAGUACCUAAUACUGAGAUCAAUUCAAAAUUAAACAAAUUGGUACAAGAAAACUCAGAGCUAAGGAAGGCAAUGGAAGAACUACGCAAACUAGUGAUCAGCCUUCAAGCUAGAGUAGAUGGUCUUGAAUCAACUGAAGACAAACCACAACAAGCUGCCUCCAAGGUUCAGGCAGCAAAAGAAGAACAAGAAUCAGAUGAUGGUGUUGAUCUAUUUGGAUCUGAUGAUGAAGAAGAAAGUGCUGAAGCUGCUAAGCUCAGAGACGAAAGACUUGCUGCAUAUAAUGCCAAGAAAGCAAAAAAACCUGUACUUAUUGCCAAGUCAAAUAUAAUUUUGGAUGUUAAGCCUUGGGAUGAUGAAACUGAUAUGAAAGCAAUGGAACAGGCUGUAAGGAAUAUAAGUACAGAUGGCUUACUUUGGGGUGCAGCUAAGCUUGUUCCCUUAGCUUUUGGAAUUCACAAGCUGCAAAUUUCGUGUGUAGUUGAAGAUGAUAAAGUAUCAGUUGAUUGGCUUACUGAAGAGAUUGAGAAAAAUGAAGAUUUCGUACAAAGUGUUGACAUAGCUGCCUUCAACAAAGUCUGA